AUGGCACAAGAAUAUAAACUCAAGGACAUCUCGUCCCUGGCGGACAUCAGGGAAAUGGACAAGGUGGAGUCCGAAGUGGAAGGUAUAGAGGGCGGUAAGGUCCUAGUGGUAAACUUUGAAGGUCAAUUUCAUGCCAUGAGUCCUAAGUGUACCCACUAUGGAGCUCCGUUGAAACUUGGUGUUGUUGCUCCGGAGGGACGGAUUACUUGCCCAUGGCAUGGAGCAUGCUUUAAUAUCAGUACCGGAGAUGUAGAGGAUGCGCCCGCUCCCAAAGCUUUGCAUAAGUUUGAAGUCUUUGAGAAGAAUGGUGCGGUUUACAUCAAGGGAGAGGAGUCGACCAUUAAGUCCGGUCAAAGAGAUCCGGUUGCCCCGUGCAGUGCUUCCACUCCGGAGAAGUUGGUCAUUGUAGGAGGUGGAAGCGGUACUUUUGGUGUUGUAGAGGCCAUUCGCGAGUUGAAAUACAAGGGUGACAUCACCAUCAUUUCUCGAGAGCCCAAUCUGCCUAUUGACAGAACCAAGUUAUCCAAGGCUCUGAUCUCAGAUCCUUCAAAGAUCGAGUGGCGCCCUCGUGAGUGGUACGAGAGCGUCUCCGUUGAGACCGUCACUGAUGAAGUGACGUCGGUGGACUUCAACAAGAAGACUGUGGCCACUAAGUCGGGCAAGGCAUACCCAUACACCAAGCUGGUACUUGCUACUGGAGGUGUGCCACGCACUCUCCCUGUGGAAGGCUUUAACGAACUAGGCAACAUCUUCCUCCUGCGCUUUGUCACCGACGUACAGUCCAUCCUCAAGGCAGUAGGCGAGAAGAACAAGAAGAUCGUCGUCAUUGGUAGCUCAUUCAUUGGUAUGGAGGUGGGCAACGCACUCGCCAAAGAAAACGAUGUCACCAUUGUCGGUCAAGAAAAGGCCCCUAUGGAACGCGUCCUGGGUGAGGAGGUCGGCCGAAUCAUUCAAGGCAAUCUGGAGAAGGCGGGUGUCAAAUUCAAGCUUCAGGCCGGCGUUGCGAAAGCCACACCUUCUAGCUCGGAUUCCAGCAAGGUCGGGGCAGUCCACCUCAAUGACGGCACCAUCCUCGAAGCCGACCUUGUCAUUCUGGGUGUCGGCGUGCGUCCAGCAACCGACUUCCUCAAGAACAAUCAGGCUAUUACUUUAGAGAAUGACGGUUCCAUCAGGACUAAUGAGCACUUUGCUGUCCCUGGUCUAGACAACCAUGUCUUUGCCAUCGGUGACAUUGCCACAUACCCUUAUCAUGGCCCCGGUACGGAUCCAAAGGGCACCCAUACUCGCAUCGAACACUGGAACGUUGCGCAAAAUGCUGGCCGCGGCGUCGCCCGCGCCAUUGUUCAUAGCCUCACAAGCUCGGCCUCAUCGCUACAAUCCCUGAAACCGAAGGCCUUCAUCCCAAUUUUCUGGUCUGCCGUGGGCGCUCAAUUGCGGUACUGCGGCAAUACGCCAAAUGGCUGGGAUAGCAUGGUUUUGAAGGGCGAGCCCAAGAACGCCAAGUUCGCCGCAUACUACUGUAAGGGCGAUACAGUGGUCGCCGUUGCCACGAUGGGCAUGGAUCCCAUUAUGGUGAAGUGUGCGGAGUUGAUGCGCCGGAAGGAUAUGCCGCCUAAGUCCCAGAUUGAAAGUGGUGUUGAUGUCUUGAAAGUAGGGUUGCCGGAGGGUAUAAGGAUUUAA